CCUGCACUGCCUGGGAUACAGGGAUGUUGCGGCCAUAGCAACCGCUGAGUCAUUCCAUGUCUAGUGCUACGAGAUUUGAUGUGUUUCCUCUGUAUCUCUUUAAGCCACAGAAGCUGCUGCAUGUAAAGCAGGAUCUCCACAGCCAGCAAAGCAUUCUGGGAGGAAGGCGUGCUUGCUGGCUAACUUAGCGAGUUAGCCGAAUGGGUAACGUGCCCACCACAGUGAAGCAGUACCUGGACUGUGGGACUCUCGUGGGGGAUUUCCCCUGGUCGUCAUGGUUAUUGGAGGAGAAGAAGGGGCCUGACGUUCGCAGUUUUCCAGACUUUGUCAAAAUAGUGGAGGUUGGGCCAAGAGAUGGACUUCAAAAUGAAAAGGAAAUGGUGCCGACAGAGGUCAAAAUCCAGCUAAUAGACAUGCUCUCCCAGACUGGCCUGUCUGUGAUCGAGGCCACUAGCUUUGUGUCCUCAAAGUGGGUCGCUCAGAUGGCAGACCACACUGAAGUUUUGAAAGGGAUUAACAAGUUGCCUCAUGUCAGAUACCCAGUCCUGACACCCAACCUCCAGGGCUUUCAGACGGCCGUUGAAGCAGGUGCUACCGAUGUGGCCGUGUUCGGUUCCGCUUCAGAGACCUUUAGCAAGAGGAAUAUCAAUUGCUCCAUUGAGGAGAGCAUGCAGAGGUUUGAGCGGGUCAUCAGCGCCGCAAAACAAGCAGGCAUACCGGUCCGGGGCUACGUUUCCUGCGCUCUUGGCUGUCCGUUUGAAGGAGCUGUACAGCCGACCCAAGUGACAAAGGUGGUGAAGCGGCUGCUGGAGCUGGGUUGCUAUGAAGUGUCCCUGGGGGACACGACCGGCGUGGGCACGGCCGGCUCCAUGGCUGCAAUGUUACACGCCGUGACCGCAGAGGUGCCUGUCCACACUCUGGCUGUGCAUUGCCAUGACACUUACGGCCAGGCCUUGGCUAACAUCCUGACCGCACUGCAGAUGGGGGUUUCUGUGGUGGAUUCCUCAGUUGCAGGUCUUGGAGGCUGCCCAUAUGCCAAGGGGGCAUCCGGUAAUGUUUCAACAGAAGACGUUGUGUACAUGCUGCAAGGAAUGGGCAUUGAAACAGGUGUGGAUUUGUCCAAAGUUAUAGAAGCUGGAGAAUUCAUCUGCCGAGCUCUAAACCGCCCCACCAACUCCAAAGUUGCCCGAGCCACUAAAGCUUAGGCCAGCAUUUACCAACAUGUCAGACUAACAUAUUUCAUUCCUUUAGUUAUUUUACAGCUGUCAUUUCAUUUGGUGGUUACUGUGUUACUAUACUGUACUCAGAGAUCUCCCUUCAUUUACUGAUUUUUUUUGUGUCAAAAUGUUAACUAUGUAGAUGUACAUUAUUUAUUUUCACUAUAAGAUUAGAUAAAUAAGAUAUAAUAUAAUAAAAUUCCAAUUCCCAAAACUGUACUAAGUACUGAACUAACGAUAAACAAAAAAGGCCGGGUCUCUAAGUACCGCAACUGUGUCCUGGUGAUGCUAUGGAAAUGUAAGAGAGCAUAGGUAGCCCCUCUCAUUAAGUAGGAGACUUGUCCUUUAGCUUUUCAUCCUACAAUUUAGCAGCAGAAUUGACAGUUAGCAUUCUAUGACAUUUUACAUUUAAUAACACUUUGGGGGCAGUUUAAAAAGAUUUAAUUGGAUAUAUUCAUGUGUGUCUGACAAUCCUUUACCCUCUCAGUUAGUUGCUAGUAACACUGUGUGAUAAUUAAGCCUGUCUGGAUGUUGAGAAUCAGUGAUGGCCUACUUGGGGAGAAAAAAGUUGGUGUAAAAAAGCUGUCUGGCUGUAGGAAGACAACUCUAAAAACAGGUGGAGCUAAUACAGAAGUCUAAUUAAGAUUCAUACUUAGUAAAGCAAAUAAACAAGAAAGAAAAGCAUUUAAUGAGAUAUUUUAAAUAAAUCUCUGACCUGAACAUCAGUGAAAGUAAACUACUAAAAGUAAACUUUUAGUUCAGAAUUUAGUACAGAGUUCCUAUAAAGGAACGUGUUCCUCUGAUGCCGGUCUGGGUGGUGUGUACAUUGCUGCUGUAUGAAUAUCUGCUCUGUUUGUUGGGACUGAGACUGAGGACACCCUGCUUGGGAAAGUUAAUCUUCAUGUUUCAGUGGGGGUCUUCCCCAGUUCAUUUCCUGCCCAAUGUGGUUGCAAUUAGACGGAAGCCAAAGCGGGGUCACGCGGGUCACAGCAGGUUUAAACCAGUAAGAGCUUGAUCAUUAUUUUCCUCACUAAACAUUUUCAUUUCCUAACAGACUUGAGGGAGUAGGUCUGCAAACGUAAACAUGCUGAGGCCUUAGUCUCCAUCCUCCCAAACAACUGCAGUAUAUCACCAAACUGCUGUAUAUUCCAGUGUUACAACUCAUUUAUAACCGGCUUAAACUUUAACCUUGAAUGCUGCUGACUCAAAUAUAUCAAAUAUACCCUGCAGUUUUCUUAAUGAUGCAUACCAGCGUCCAAACACAAGGUCAAGACAUCGAAACAUCAGCUGACCUGCCAAUCAGAGGCCUUUCAAUUGUUUUUUUUUUUCAUGAGUCAGCUGACCAAGAUAAACAGCAGCAAGGAGAACAGGUAAAUAAUAUAUAUUUACUACUUCCUGCUCUGAAGAUAACAUCAGCUCUUAAAUAUGUGCAGUAUAUGCAAUCUUCUAAUGAAGAAAAAAAUAUAAACUAAAUAUGAUUUAACCUAAAAUAUGUGUUUUGCAUCUGAACUUCUCUCUAUAUAAGUGAUUGUUGAAAUAUUUAAAGGAUUUUUAGUUUUCAGUUUAAGUUUAUAAUAUACUGAGACUUAUGUCUACUAAAACAUGUGCCAUACAGUUCCUUCUUAAUGAUGAGUAUUAAUGUUUUACCAAAAAAAAAACAAUCAGGUUUACAUUGUCAGGGAAAUAAGUGAAGUUUUGCAUCCCGAUGCUUUCUGGAGAUACUGAAGAUAGAAUAAGAAUGAUGAGAUCAAACACUAGAAGUCGAUAGUCAUUUAAAACAGGAUACAAGUUUACACACUAUCCUCAGCUUACUCUUAACUACAUCCUGGUCUUCCCUGAAGGAGAUUUUUUAAACUUUACUGUUAAAUUGUUUGGUUUAUUAAACUUUAGUAUAAUAUAUACAUUUUCAAAUUCUGUCCUCAGCCUGACCUCAGGUUCACUGUAAGAUAUAAAAUGUGCCAAAACAAAACGAUGCUUCAAAAUGAAGUAUUUUUCAUUAAGGUUUGAAUUUAGGUCUUCCGUCUUUGAGCUGACCGUGAAGCGUGAAUGUAUGCAACAUAAAAACACCUGACAUGACGUAGAAAAUAUGGUAUAGUGAUCAUCAACAUUUGAUGUAGCUUCCAAAACAACAUUUACUCAGUGAGUUUCCACAUCAAAAAAUGACCCAAAUUUGUUCAUUUUUAAACUGUUUUUCAAUCAUCAUUAACAUAACUGUUUACAUCAGCUUCGGUACAAUGAACCAUUAUUCAGAAACUUUGAAACCUCAGUGGCUUUUCUCUUUAUUAUGACUAUAUAGAAAGAAAAAAAAAUCAGCCACUUUAGAAAAAAACAUUUUAGCAAGAAAUGUAACAACCUUGACUUUAGUGAACAAACUUUUAUGGGAAUUGAAAGUUAAAUAUGGUAAAGUUUGUUGAUCUUGUUCAUUUUUUUUAACAUGCCAAAAUGUGCAAAAAAAUACCCAACCGUCCUGCUGAUUUUAGAGUUAGAGUAGAUUAGAGUUUCUCUGUGUAACACAAUCAGAAAGGGAGUGGAAUGUACAGGGGUUGGACAAUGAAACUGAAACACCUGGUUUUAGACCACAAUAAUAUAUUACAGUUCUUGCUGAAACAGGAGAGUUGAGGUGCACAUUAUAUUCUGCCGCUCCAAUUUAGCCAUGAAACCUCCCACACUAAAAUGGUUUAGAUUUUUCUUUUCUCCCUGAAUAAUAAAACCUUCAAAAUGUUUCACUUUCAUUGUCCAACUCCUGUAGUUGUGUAGUAGAAUGAAUAUUGACUUCUAAUAUUUCUUGUUAGAAGUUAUUUCAAUGUUAGACAGCUAAACAUGUACACACACCUGUGUAUAAUACAGGCUAUGACUUAUUGACUGCAUUACAGUUCGCUGAACAAUGUUCUAAGCUUCUUUUCUUUGGGAGAAAUCAAUUCCUGUCUGCCUUAAUCUACAUACAGUAAAUGUCUCAGUAAGUGUCAAAUUUUAGCACUCAUAGUGUUAAUUUAACACUAAAAGUACAAAAUUUGCUAAUAUCUUUAAAAUAUUAUUUUUGCUGAAACUUUGCUUGGUGUUAAUUGUAAACUAGUUAAGAAAGAGCAUUUUCUUAUGGUUAUGGGCAUUUGAUAUCAUUCUGCAAAAUAAUGUUAAGUGCAAAACAUUAGCAGGACAUUCUAAGAUCUUUAUGAGGACAAUUUAUCAUGAACUGGGUUGUAUAUUGUGUAUUAUGUAGGUUUCCAAUGCCCUUAAAUAGAAUUUGAGCAAGAGGAAUGAGGAAACAUUCUGAACAAUGGGAAAUGUUGAGUUAAAAAUAGCUAAAGUUUAACUGUAACAGAGCACCAGAAAACAUCAGAAAAACAUCUAUUACAGUGUUAACACCUUUCUAAAACAUUUUCAUUAUCUGCCUUAACUUUAUUAUUUUUUAACUUGAAUUAUUUGUAUUGUAAAUUGCUUUCUUAAUGCUGAAAAUAUUCUAUGUGCUUUAGUGAUUAGACAAGCCAGAUUUCUAUUCCAGUUUCUAUUUUGCUACUAAAAUCAUACACCACAGUGUUUAAAUACUAACAGUUUUGAAACAGAUACGUUUAGAAGAUGUCUUGCACAUGCAGGAAACUGAUACUGCUUUCAUCUCAGCAUGCCCUGAAUGCAGUAAACAUGAUGCCUUACAGCAUUUUUUGUCUGAUGUAGUCCUUCCUCUGCUAUAUUCACAUUAUUAAUGUAGUCUCCUGGUGUUUAUAAUGCACUGCUAUCUGUACCCUGGACUGGGAUAUAUAGUGUUAAGUGGUUAACCACCUGUGUGUUUGCAUUUAUCUGAGAGUGUAAUAGAUAGAGGGCUUUUCAGUCUCUGGUGAAUGGCAGCAGGAGGAAAGGCAAACAGAACAGUACAGCAGGUUAUUGCACCAGACUAUUAUAUCUUUAGCCCUGAACUGUGUGCAUUGGGGUGAGGCAAAACCCAUUAAAUAAAAUACAUAUUUGUAUGUUUGCAUGUCAUGAUUGAGUAUAAGCUUGGUAUAAGCUGUGUGAUUUCAAACCUUUACAGCAAUGUAAUAAAUAUUUAUUUAUUUGUUGUGUGUCUGGGAACAGUGCUGACAUUUACCAAUAAAUGAUGCGUUUGGCUUCAA